AUGCCAGGCUCCAUCCUCGAAAACACCGUCGACCCGCCCCUCCCGGCUCCCAAGGCACAUCUCGCCAACGCGCCGCUGCUCCAGCCUCGUCGCGACACACUCAAGGAUGGCCGUCGCCGGGUCUCGCUAUAUCCGAUAACGGGCGGCGCCAACAGUCUGCCGCCGGGCCUGGUCCGGUAUCUGCACGCCGAGUUCUCUGCUGAGAUUGAGCGUGGGUGCACGUAUCCCAUGGAACAGGCGAUGACCCUGGAGCGGUUUCGCGAUUAUUGGUUUGGCACGUUUGCGGUUGUUGCGCUCAUAGAAGAGGAAGAUGCAGGGAAGAUAGGGCUGCAUGAGAGGGAUUGGGAGAAGGUGUGUCUCGGCACGUUUUAUAUCAAGCCGAACUAUCCUGGCCGCUGCUCGCAUGUCUGCAAUGCUGGAUUUCUGACCUGCGCCGCCGCGCGCGGCCAGGGAGCCGGCAAGGUCAUGGGCAAAGCAUAUUUAGAAUAUGCCCCGAAAUUGGGCUACAAAUACUCUGUCUUCAACCUCGUGUUUGCCAACAACCCGGCCUCGAUCAAGAUCUGGGACGGGCUGGGCUUUGAGGUCAUCGGCCGAGUUCCGGCGGCGGCGAGGCUCGCGAAUAGCGAGGAGAUGGUGGAUGCGUUGAUUUAUGGGCGUGUUUUGCAGUAG